AUGGCGACGGACGGCAAGAAUAGAAAUGGUGAAGUGAACGGUGUGAACAGUGUGAGGAAUUCCAUGGCAGAUAACGAGACAAAGGUGGAGGAAGGGAAGAAGGUGGAAGAGGAACCGGACCAUCCUAUAGACAAAGGAUGGGCGUGGGUCAUCUUGGGUUCUACCUGGUUUAUCGCCUUUAUCGUGAUCGGUAUUGCCAAAUCAUACGGAAUCUUUUUUAUAGAGUUCCUCAAGACAUUUAAAGCUUCUGUAUCUGCCACGACACUAAUCACGACACUUCAAACUGUCGCGUACUGUGGAGCAUCGGUACCAGUCCUCGCCAUUUACAUCAAGAGAUAUGACACUCGCAACCUUGCAAUACUGGCUACGUUUGGAUGUGCGCUUAGUUAUGGAUUGAGCAGUCUAGCGGAUAGUAUAACCUUCCUCUACUUUACUCAAAGCUUGUUAUUCGGAGCUAUGAGUGCGGGCAUCAAUGCGCCUAAUAUGAUUAUUCUGGGAAAAUACUUUAAGAAACGAAGGGGCUUUGCUAUGGGGAUAGUCGCCUCCGGGAACUCCUUGGGAGGAUUCAUUCUGCCUUAUCUGUUCCGGUACCUAUUUGAUGAGUAUGGACUGAGAGGAGCAUUACUCCUGACAUCUGGUAUAUCACUCAACUGUGUGACAGCAGCCUGUCUCCUCAGACCAACCGAAUUCUACAGCAAGAAGAAAGCUCGCAAACCCAGCAAAACAUUGGGCGUCGGUAACGAAUGUAAAGAACAACAGGAAAAGCUUCUCGGUGAUAAAGACAACCAUAUACCUGGAGUAGAUGACAGUACCAAUAUUUCACUCUCACAACCUGUGUUGUCUACGGAGGAUAAAACGAUGGGCAAAACUAACUUCCGUGUAAGGAGUAUCUCCUAUAGUCCCGGUCACAUAGACCCGACGUCAUCUGUCAGCGAAAAUAAGGGGUCAUCAUCCGUCCUAUCAUUGUCAAGUUUCACUCGGUAUCUAAGUAAUGGGGACAUCUUUUCACUUUCACUCCAAGACAUGGAUAUUAUGCGGAUUAACUCACAGCAAGAGGAAGUAAAAGACCAAACAAAGAAACCUCUUCAAGGAUGUUGGCGACUCUGUCGAUAUCUAACAGAACGAGAUAUUUUCAACUGUAACUUAUUUCGCAAUAAGUACUUUUUAGCCUUUGUUCUUGCGCAUUGCCUAGGCAGUUUAGCUCCUGCUUUCAACCACAUCUUUGUGCCGGCGUACGCACGUGAUAUCGGAAUCAGUGAUCAGAAUGUGGCCACUGUAGCAUCGGUGAUUAGUCUUGCCGAUUUCUUCGGCCGGAUUGUUGCUGGAACGCUAGCCGACGUUCCUUGGAUAAGGAAGACCUAUUUGGUGGCAGCGUCACAGUUUAUAGUAGGAACAAUGAUGAUAUUUUCUCCAGUGUUCAAUAACUUCUAUCUUCUGGUGGUGUUUGCAGUUCUCUACGGAUUGGUUGGGGGUGCUCUGUUCACCCUCUUUUCACCUAUAAUGAUAGAAAUGGUAGGCCUGACAAACUUUCCAAAUGGGAUGCUUGUCGUGUUAGUUCUUCAAGGCGUCUGGAUCGGUGGCAACGCAUCAUUUAUGGGUUACCUGCGGGAUCUGACUGAUUCCUAUAUUGUUAGCCUCCAGUACAUGGGAGCUACCUCUUUUAUAUCAGCUGCAAUAUUUAUCACAGUGGAGGUUGUCCGGAGGUGCACUGCGCCAACGAAUCAAAAGGAUUCCGUUUGA